CAAAAUGGAAAAGUGGAGGUUAUUUUACUUACUACUUCUACACAUAACAAUCAUAUGCUCCCUCGACUCGACUGUAGGAAGUUGUUUCCAAGAGCAGCUGAGACUCCAGGCCCAGUUGAGACUUCUAGAACACAGUGUGAAGCAACAACAGGCAAGAAUUGUGAACCUCUUAAUGGAGAGGGAUAUACAGAGCAGAGAUAAAGAAGGUGAAAGCAGUGUCAUCAAUCUGGGAGAAGAAACAAAGUACAAAGAUUGCGCCGAGAUCUAUCGUGCUGGUCAUAUACAAAGUGGAUUUUACAAGAUGAAACCACUAAAGAGCCCCAGUGGAUUCUUUGCCUACUGUGAUAUGGCAGAAGGAGGUGGGUGGACAGUCUUUCAGAGACGGUCAGAUGGGAGUCAAAAUUUUAAUAGAAAUUGGACUGAAUAUGAGCAGGGUUUUGGAGAUUUUACUUCAGCAAAUGGUGAAUACUGGCUUGGGAAUAAAAACCUACAUUAUUUGACUUCUCAGGGGAACUAUACCUUGAGGAUCGAUUUGUCUGACUUUAUGGAUGAACAGCGCUUUGCACAGUAUGAAAAGUUUCGAGUUGCAGAUGAGCAGAAUUUUUACAAGAUGAAUUGUGGGCAAUACUCUGGAACAGCUGGUGACUCUCUCACUGGGGGGUUUCACCCUGAAGUUAAAUGGUGGGCAAAUCACCAAGGGAUGAAAUUCAGUACCAAAGACAGAGACAAUGAUAAUUAUGAAAAGAACUGCGCUGAAGAAGAUCAUGCUGGCUGGUGGUUUAACAGAUGUCAUACUGCCAACCUGAAUGGCCUGUACUAUAAUGGACCCUAUUCAGCAAGGACAGAUAAUGGAAUUGUGUGGUACACGUGGCGUGGCUGGUGGUAUUCCUUGAAGUCUGUUGUCAUGAAAGUCAGACCUUCAAACUUCAGUCCCAGUGUAGCUUAGGGUCCAUUCUAUUAUAUGACAUAUUGAUUGGGUAUUGACUUUGCAGAUAAAUAAAGUCAUAGCAUUCAUAUAGUAUUACUUUAGAGACCAAAGUGACUUGUGUCAUAAAAUCCUUAUAAUAGCCCCAUGCGGGAAAACCAUUGUUGUCAUCCUUAUAUUGCAGGUAAAGUAAUGCAACUAGUCAGCAAUACCUGCUAUAUGCUAUACUAGUAUGCUAUGAUGAAGUUGAUAAGAUAUUGGUUAGUCAAUUAACCAUAUCAAGGCAUAAGCAUCAGCUACACUAAAAUACAAUAAAAUGAGACAAGACAAGACACAGUGAAGUGAGAUUAAAUAGAAUAAAA